AUGGAUCAACUGUGGUUCAGCUUGUGUCUCAUAGCCUCGUCCACGCUACUGGCCCUCUGGUUUUGCAAAAGGAGUACGCCCAAGAAGAGGUUGCCUCCUGGGCCAUGGUCCCUGCCCAUCAUCGGUAGCCUCCACCACCUCGUUGGCCUCCUCCCCCACCGCACCAUAAUGGAGCUGUCUCGUCGGCAUGGGCCGCUGAUGCUCCUACGGCUGGGCGAGGUGUGCACCGUGGUGGUCUCCGACGCCGAGGCGGCGGCGCUGGUGAUGAAGACCAACGACCUCGCCUUCGCGAACCGGCCAUGCAGCCCCACGCAGGAGAUCUUCGGUUGCGGUGGAAAGGGCAUCCUCUUCGCUCCCUAUGGCGAUCACUUGCGCCACGUCCGCAAGCUCUGCAACGUGGCGCUCCUCAGCUCCCAGUCCCAACAAGUGAAGCGCAUGGAGGUGAUUCGGGCCGAGGAGGUCGGCAACCUCCUCCAUUGCAUCACCACUGCCGCCUCGACCAGCGCCACCAUCAAUCUUAGCGACAUGGUUACCAAGCUCACAAACCAUGUCGUGUCGCGGGCGGUCUAUGGAGGCAAGUUCACACAGCGGCAGCAGCAGGAGUACCUCCACGAAUUGGGCAAGGCGAUCGAGGUGCUGGGCGGCUUCUAUCUUGUUGACUUGUUCCCGUCGUGGCGGCUGGUGCGGUGGCUCAGCAGUGGCGAGCCCCGGAUGAGGAGGAGCUGCGGCCGAAUCCACCAAAUCAUCACCGAUAUUAUCGAGGAGCGCCAGGCGGUGCGAGCUGCUGUCCAUGGAGGCAGCGAUGAGGACUUACUGGACGUACUACUCAGGCUGCAGAAGGAGGACACGAUGGAAUUCCCUCUAACCACAGAGAUAAUCCGCGGCGUCUUGUUUGACAUGUUUGGAGGUGGCACCGAAACCUCGGGAACAAUUUUGGAGUGGGCUAUGUCGGAGCUCGUUUGUCAUCCUGAAGCCAUGGCCAAAGCACAGCUAGAGAUCCGAGAUGUGCUAGGUCAAGAUCGAGCUAUCAUUACUAACAGCGAUCUUGGCGAGCUCCAAUACAUGCGGAUGGUCAUUAAGGAGGCUCUUAGGUUGCAUCCACCCACUCCUCUGGUACAUCGCGCAGCGAGAGAGGAUUGUACAAUUAUGGGCUAUGAUGUGAUUAAAGGAAACAGCGUACUUGUUAAUAUUUUUGCAGUUUGUAGGGAUCAAAAGUAUUGGAAAAAUCCUGAAGAGUUUAUACCUGAGAGGUUUGAGAACAACAAAAUUGAUUACAACGGGACAUCCUUUGAGUUCACCCCCUUUGGGGCAGGACGGAGACAGUGCCCCGGGAUUUCAUUCGCUACAUCAACCAUGGAAAUCACAUUAGCAAACCUUCUCUACCAUUUCGACUGGAUACUUCCUGGUGGGAAGACUCCAGAGUCACUUGACAUGUCUGAAAGCUUUGGGAUCGCUGUAUUAGGAAGAAAAUAUGCCCUACAACUCAGAGCCAUUCCACGUGUAUGCUCCAAAGCAACCAAGAUAUAG